AAUGCAGUGGUGGAAUCGCGAGGCGAUUCGAUUAGUUGGUCGCUGCCCGGCAGACGGAGAUGUCUGCGACUCACAGAGCCAGGAUUGCUGAGUUCGAGGAUCUCCUGGCUGAGGACCACAUCAGCCUGGAGGAGCUGCGGAAACUCUGCUUCAAUGGUGUUCCUUAUGAGUCGGGCAUACGGCCACUCUGCUGGAAGAUCCUGUUGAAUUACCUGCCCUGCAAACGGUUAGAAUGGCCUGUGUUCCUGCAGAAACAAAGAAAUUUGUACCGGCAAUUUUUGCGGGAAAUGAUUCUACAACCUGGAGCAGCCAAAGUGAAGCAUGGAAUCAUUCGGGAAGACGUCACGUUCGAGGAUCACCCGCUGAACCCGAACCCGGACAGCCAAUGGGCAAGCUACUUCAGAGACAAUGAGGUUCUGCUGCAGAUUGACAAAGACGUCAGGCGGCUAUACCCGGACAUGGCGUUCUUCCAGCGCGCCACGGACUUCCCGUGCCAGCUGCUGCGUGAUCCGCAGCACAAGUCGGAGACGCUGCGCAAGCGCGUGGAGCAGACAACGCUGCAGGCGCUCAGCGUGGGACGCACGCGCAUUGGCGUCACCAACGUGAUGCGGCCUAAGAAGGUGGUGCGCUCGUCGAUGGAGGAGUAUGCCGUACUGCCCGAUGGGCAGGAGGCGCACUGGGAGGUGGUGGAGCGCAUCCUGUUCAUCUUUGCCAAGCUCAACCCGGGCAUCGCCUACGUGCAGGGCAUGAACGAGAUCGUGGGGCCCAUCUACUACUCAUUCGCCACGGACAGCAGCCCCGAGUGGAGGGAGCACGCCGAGGCCGACACGUUCUUCUGCUUCACGAACCUCAUGUCGGAGAUCCGCGACAACUUCAUCAAGAGCCUAGAUGAUUCACAGUGUGGGAUCGGGCACAACAUGCAGCUCGUGUACAGCACGCUCAAAGAGCGAGACCUGGAGCUCUACAUGCGUCUGCAGGAGCAGAACAUCAAGCCGCAGUUCUUCGCGUUCCGCUGGCUCACGCUGCUGCUGUCGCAGGAGUUUCUGCUGCCCGACGUGCUGCGCAUCUGGGACUCGCUCUUCUCCGACACACGCCGCUUCGACUUCCUCAUCCUCGUCUGCUCCGCCAUGCUGAUGCUCAUUCGAGACCGGAUGCUGCAGGGCGACUUUGCUGUGAACAUGAGGCUUCUGCAGGACUACCCCAUUCCAGAUGUCCAGCCCAUCCUGAAGAAGGCAACAGAGCUAAGGGAGUCCUCUUGACAGCCGCUCCUUUUGCCACGCGCUCCUAACGUUCGACGCCCAAAGGACUGCCGCUCCUACCCUGACGCAACAGCGCUGGGGGCGCUACUGAGAAAGCGGCCGGUGAUUUCUCCCCAUCACAAGCUGAGCGGAGCGUGCCAUCGGACGGCCCAUCCUAGUUUAAAUUAUGGCGUUAUUUCUGGAGUCCAUGUGCAUUACUUUGUUUUCUUUUUCCAUCUCUUUCCAAAAAUCCGAAUUGAAUUUGAUAUCAGCAUCGUGGCGUGAUAUGAAAAAUACUUUCAGAUAUCUCAUAACAGUGCAAACCUUUGUGUUAGAGAACAGAUCAUGAAAGCAGAUAUCACAGAGCUACAUCUAAGAUCCCUUCAAGUGACCUCCGUUCGACAAAGUAGGCGGCAGCAUUUUUCCACCUGCUCUUACAUCCUGAGAAAGAUAUUCAUUGUGUGACAGUCAAACCGAUUGACAGUCAAACCGAUAUUUUAAAUUUCUCAGCACAAAUUGAAUGUGAUGUUCUAUUUGUGCAGUCAUUUGUGACGGUGCAAAGACUUAUCAACUCACCGCACUGGAAAACUUGGUUUGUUUAAUCACAGGCAGUUGUCUGAAUUGGAACCCGGGGUCUUGGCAGGUAAGCUCUGAUCCACUCAGUCAUCUCAUCCUUGUGCAUUACUUUCCUUAUCGUUAAUUAAUUGUAUUUGUUCGAAGAGAAAUAUGUUAAGUCAUUUAAUAUUCCCGUCUCCGGAAAUAAUUCAUAUUGAUAGAUGGCGUCACUGAUGUAGCUUUUAUUCAAAUUGCAGAUGAGAAGUUUAAGCAAUGGUUUUACGGUGCUUUUAAUGUGACGACGUUGCAUUGAGCGGCCACUAAUUAAGCCUCAUCGAUCUAUUGCUGGAAACUGGAAGAGAGUGUAGUGCAAUUGAAGUGUAUAACCACUGCUGGAUAAUAAUCCAGCUUUAAUUAUUUUGAUACAAAACAAAAAGCAUAGAAUUCAUUUUCUCCUUUGGAGAGCUGAUGUUAAGUCAUGGAUGUGAGUACCAUCGGGACAUGAUUAUGAAAAUGAAACUCUCAAUGAAGUGCUUAUCCACUCGUCAUAAAUGCACUCCAUCUCAUCCAAUCUACAGAGCUGAGCAGGCUUGAGUGGUUAGCACUCGUCCGGGUGACCACCAGGGCUUUCCAGGUGUUGUAGGUGUGUGGCUGCCACGUGGCCAGGGGAUAGGAGCGCUAAGUGUUACUCCCUCGUGUGCGUGGGUAUUCCACGCGUUCUCCUUGUUCCUCCCAAAUGAAGCCAAACACUUAGUAAUGGCAUUGGCCCAACAUACCAAUGCACGGCCCUCCUGAAAAAUAGUCUUGAGGCUCACAUUGAAAACUUAUUUCUGAAGAACUAAUUUUCGUGUUUAGUUUGUUGUCCUUCCCUGCACCUCUGAUUAGCACAAUUGGCUACGUACGGUGCAAAAAAAGUUCAACAUACAUACAUACAUUGAAGCUUCACUGAGUUAAUUCAUUUAAAUCUCAGCAAAUCAGUACUAGAGUUCUGCAUAAGCUCUAAUGCAUUACAAUUGUACAGUGAUUGUUUAUUACAGAGGUAGCACUCCUGGUUCUUGGCAACUUAAUAUAGUUUGUAAUCACCAAAUUUCUCCUACGUCAUGGAAAUCAAUUCGGAUGUCUCGCAGAGCAGUAAGUCCCUUAAUGUUAGAGAAUAGCCACAGAAGUGGAUACAACAGAACUACCUCUGAGACCCCCUAAGGUGACCUCUGGUUUAUACAGUUGGGGUAGUACUUUUCCACCCACUGCCACUGAGAGUAAUGUUCAUCAUAACAGUCAAAAGAAAAGUUAAAGUGCUGCCAAGUGGAGCCAGGAGUUGGCCAAUAACAGCAUCGUUGAUCAUGUGGGCCUUUUCCACCAAUCAGAAGUAUGGCUCGGCUGUCCUGCUUUUCGGUUUUAGUUGUAAUUCAGCAAAGGACGUCCCCCGGAUGAUGAACACUUGCACGUGAUUGGUGGCUGAUGCGCCGUUGCACUUUGACAAUUCCUCUUGACAGUCUUAGAGUCUCUGCCUUUAUGGAGAGCUUAUUUUGCUGCGUGGUAUUUCACAAUUAGGGCAAAUGCAUAAAAGGCAAAAGUAUCUGGGAUUGGGGUACAUUGAACCACGCCCUCAGAAUCUAAGACUUAAGCUGCUUUUAGAAAUGUGAACCUACAUUGAAGCCACUUAUUUGAGACUGAUUAUUUGGUAGAUUAAUUAAAUGUUAUUAUUUUAUUACUGAUACCUGGAAUAGUUAACUGAACAUCUGUUGCACCUCUCUGUAAGUGAGAAUUGAUUACAUAGUUAAUUACAAAUGUGAAAACUACAAAACAUAUUAACGUGUUGGCAAAUCUGCUCCUUUUGCAUCUGAUUUUGUGUAAAAAUGUGAUCCUCUGUCAGUUACCAACGAAAGGGCAGAUCAACAAGAUUCGUUUUGUAAAAUUGUGAAUUAGUCUCAAGAUGCCGUGUCUGGAGUCGGAACAUAACAUGUCUCUUGUGUUCCCUAUGUAUACUGCAACCCGUCUCUUGAAAAUUGUGUUGAAAGACAACAAUCAACUGUAUAUCUGCACACGUGGUGUAUAGUUUGUAUCCAAUGUUACAUUUACAGGAUUUCCAGUCUCAUCUGCUACAUCUUUAUUUGUUGAUAAUUCCUGAGUCUGCGAUAGACAAAUGUUAACUAAGGAGCUGGUGUUAACAUGUUUACCCAUUCUAAAUGCACUCCGAAAUAUUAAUAAGGGAAAUAAUUUCCUUGCCAAUUUGCUGCAUAGCACAGUAGCCAUAGAUUAUCAUUCAUAGGCAGUGAUAGAAUGAGUUCGUAUCCCACCCAGGGUGUAGCGAUUAGCGAGUUUACUGCUGAGCCGAUUGUUCUGUGUCAACACUUUGGUUCCCCUGCGGAUGCCCAGUCGUUUAUGCGUGGAACUACUUGCCUAGGUUAAGCUUUGAGGUCGACAUUGACGACCGUUUGUCAUAAUUCACCCGUAACCUCUUUUCCACUGGCACAUCCGGGCCUAGCCAGCACCCUCAAGGUACGGGUGGUUUUUCACUGGCUUGCCAUGCCGAGCUGAGACCAAACCUUGUACAUACGUAUGUAUGUUGAACUUCUGCACCGUACCUAGCCAACCGCGCUAAUCGGACGUGCGGGGGAAGGACGAGGAAACCUUGAUAUGCGAGCCUCAAAAGAAAGUCGAACGAGGCUCGGGCCAAGCAGGGCCAGUGUCGGAGUGUGUUCGUUGCAUGCAACGCAUCGGGUUAGGACGUACACCAGGAGGAUACAGCGCAACCGUACGUGUGCAUCUUGCGCUAGCGGCAUGGCUCGGUUUCUGCAGUGGAAAAAUAAACUGACGGGAGCUGAGCCGUGCCGGGCUGGCUUAACACGACUUGUUUGUGCAGUGGAAAUGAGGUAUAUAGUCGGUCACCGUGUGCUAUUGAUGAUGGUCGUGAUUCUGAAUAGCCUCGAAUAGAAUCGCACAAAAUGUCUACAUUUUGCGUGGUGUUUGUGUACGCACUGCUUGGCGACGGUUCGCACCGAGGUAAACGGAACGAUCGCACACAGGUGUCAAUGCUCUCAUCUUGACUUGGUGGCGAGAUGUUAUAUCCCUCGCCUGGUAUGCAGGAGGUCGUGGGUUCGAUCCCGGCCCUGACGCCUGCUGUAUAGUUGGAGUUUGCAUGUUCUCCCUGUAAUUGCGUGAAUUUUUCUCUAGGUCCUCCAGUUUUUCCCUCCACAUUUAGAAACAUGUGUUUAGAGUAUUUGACUGCUAUAGGUUUCCACAUGAUAAGCCACUUCGUUGAGCUAUCAUUUGUGGCCAGGUCGCUUCUGAAAAGAGCUAUCUAGCCCAGUGGGCCUUACCUGGUAAAAUAAGAAAUAGUUUAAGUUUUAUAGUUUGUUCACUCAGCAGCAAUUUGUAUGAAAAAUGGAAAGUAUUUUUGUUCUGAGUUAAUAAUUUACAGGAGAGUAUAAACCUGGGAUUACCUGCUGCUUCUGAGAGAUUGUGUUAUUUUAUAGCACAUUUUGUUACUUUUGUAAACGUUUUUCUACGUUUGUGAAGUACCAAGUGAUCUGUCAGUAUAUAUAGAUGGACGCACACAGACGGUUACUGCUCCCGACUUGAAAUCGAUUUUAUCUUCACGUUUUUUUUGUUUGAAAUGCAAUCUCGACUUUUUUUCAAUCUGUUACUGAUUAAAAAUAACUGACGUGAAAUAUUACACUCGUUAUUAAUGUUAGCAUGCCAAAUGAUGUGCAAGUCUUGCCUUUUGCUAUUGUGACGCAAGUUGUCGAUUCGCCGACCUCAGCAUCAUGCCCAAUGUGACUACCUAGGCGUCCGUGGAUCUCAUCCGCUUUGAAACGAAUGAGAUUAGGGAAAAGGUCGCAUAUACAUUACAAACUAGGCAUGUACCAAUUUUUAUUUAACAUGCUAAAACAUUCUUAAGCUCAUGGUCAUCAUGAUCAUCAUGAGCCCUACUCUUGCAUUGCUGAAUGGAGACCUCCCCCCAAGCUGUCGUAAAUUUUCACGAUCCUGCAAUGCAACAAUCCAUGAAGCACUUGUACACGAGCUGGUUUCAUCGCUCCAUCUCCACGGUGAACGCCCUCUCGGGCGUGUUCCCUCACUUUUGAGGCCAUAUUGUUGUAUUCUGGAUUAUCGAACAUUGUUCGUUCUAGAAGUUUGUUCUUUCCAAGUUUACAUGUGUUAACAGUCGAUAUGAUGUCUCACAUGUGAUGUCUAACAUGUGUUAACAGUUGAUAUGUCUAACAUGUGCAGAUUGUGUGUGCCAUCUGUUCUCGCUCGGUGCAAUUCAUAGCAUGAACCUCUUCAUGCUUUUUCAUGCACUUUUUAUUUCCAUUCUCUUUGUCAACGUCGGUGUUUCUGAUCCAUGUCAUAGUCGCUAAUAUCUACUGAUGUAUCAAAGCUGACCAUGAUGAAGAGACGAGGUAUGUGUCUGAAAGACAUCAUUUUUGGGGGGUUGUAGCCUCCUAUGAGUCAGUCAAUUUAUCAAGAGUGUCUGUAUGGGGAGCGUGCAAAGCAUGCAUGUGGGUGACGUAUCAGCGACCGAGAACCAAUUUGAACGCUAUUAGUAAAUGAUGAUAAACUCAUCGGACAGAAGCGUGCACGCUGUAAACAAUAACACUAACGCAAGUCAAAGGAGAUCACUCAACGGCAAAAGAUGCAAUUUUAACCAUAUGAUCAGUCCUUCCAUCAUACCUUGCAUGUAUGUUACGUUAUGAUCAUGCCAUGUGGACAAGGAUAAGGGUUCGCAUUGGGCACUUAAAUGCCCCACUAAUUUGCGAGUGUUUUUCAAGUUUGAACCAUCACACCAGCACACAUGACGAGCUUUUUUUCGAAUAAUGUGGGUGGUUCGUAUUUUGUGGAUCUUCUUUCGUACGGCUGAUGUAGAUGAAGAGUGACGAUUACAUUUUGUGAUAAUCUACGUGGCAGUAUUAGCCAAGGUGGCUGAGGCCUUGCUUUGCAAACCUAUGCUGCAAAUGGUAAACGUUCUACAGACCGCUCAGCAAUGUACACCGCAAGGCAUCGUGUGGUCACAAUUUACACUUUUCCAUCUACAGAUCGAUCACCCUUUGAUUAUUGGAGAGGCAGAGGUAUGAGUGGCUACACAAAUGCCAUUCCCCUCUAGACAUCGCCACGGGUGUCGCUGUAUCAGUGAACAUACAUUGCUGUCAUGAUGUCCAUCCUAACAAGAGGUUGUUGUUUCCAGAAUUGGUGAAAUGGGGUCAACACGCUGACAUUGCUGAAUUACCACUCGUGGACGUUGUUGACUGACAAGACGAGUGUUGAUCCCUCGUGUGUUCGAUUCCAGGAUUGCAGGUGCCCUAACCGAGGUGUUUAGGCCCGUCCACAUCUGACUGAUCAGUUGCGAAACAUGUUGAUUUCAGUAGAGAGUCCACAUUUGGGAAUUAUGUUACUAUCCUGACGUGGUGGGGGGUUGAGUUAGCCAGGAAAGGAGUGAAGCUGUGCUGUAAUGCGCGUGGCCUUAUGCUUUAGUCAACAUCCUCGUUGCGCAACCACUCGCCGAGGCGUGGACAAAGCAGUUGUCGGCAACUAAGUGACGCGAUUUGGUUGCGUAACAGAUCGCUGACGUGUGGACUCGGCGUUAGGUGGACUAUUCCACAAGGUCGAGUCUAAGGCUGACAUCGUCUAGCACUGUCUGUGUAGCGGGCAGCCUGGAUCCUGACACAAUCAUGCGAGGCGCACAUUCAUAUUUUGCCUAUCGCGGUUGAGCCCUACAUUGGCUGCGUUGGCAUUGAACCCUAGGAUGCAACUCUGGGUCCCAGAGACCUGGCAUGGUGUCUUUGGUAUGCACUCAACUCUCGUUUAUCCGGGGUAAUGGGGGGAAAGGAUAAACCCGCAGACUCGACCAUUAGAACUGGAUAGUAUUCCAGAACUCCAUUCUAUUGAUACAAUAACAUCUCUCUCUGCUGCUGGUGUAAAGGGAAUGUAAUACAUUAUCAGAAAUAACACUCGGCUAAAUUUCUAUUUAAAGCUUUCGUGACUGCAGGGAUUCAUAUUCUUCGUUCUUUCGGUAAAGUCACGUAGAAGGGGGAAAAAAGUGCCAGUUCCAGUAUACUCACAGACAUGUUUAUAAUCGCUAUGCUGCACCGUACAGCGAUAUUUUAUUAUGUUUUAAUUGUAUUAUUUUAUUAUUUCCCUUCUACGUGACUACCGAAAGAACCAAGAAUAUGAACACCCGGCUAGGUUAAAAUUGUUGCAUCAAAUUGCGUUACGUCAUAGCAUUCCAAGCCUGCAGUGGUUCUAAGUAUAGUUGGCAUGCACCCUGGUGGAAGGAUACAAUGCCCCAACACCAUCCUAUGUCGCCCCUCUUUGUAGCUCAGCGCCUGGGCUCAACAGUGCCACUGCGACUUCAUUCGUUUGCUCACCUUGACGUUAAAUUAGUACACGGGAUAAAGGCAAUGCUUGGGACUUUGCGUGGCUAAACAUUUCAACUGGUUGAAGCCAUUCACCUUGUGCAAUGGAGAUCCAGUGGCUAACAAAAUAAUAUCCGUUGCAAGGCAUCAAGUCUGCAUUAAGCAUAAGUACUUGUGGCAAAACACACACAUGUUGUGAUCAAACAGUCUUUAAAGUUGAUUGUCUCAUAACAGAUACAGGCUGCUCUGUGGCAUUGUCUCACCAGUGUUAGACCAGAGAACGCCAACAGGCGAACAGUAGUACAAUAGCAAUACAAGUAUGGACUUACUGAUAGCUGGGGUUGAGCAGUUAUUUGAAUAGCUAUUUUUUUGCCAGAAAGGGCCAAAGCCUCUUAUUUUUCCAUCAUUUUGAAACUGGCAAAAAGGUCCCAGAGACAACAAAAACAAGACCCGCUUCACUUGUAUCGCGAUGGACUCGGGAAACUGCGUGCAGCUCAUUGUCUCUCCGCGUGUCGCCGCCCACAGCGGGACGUUCGGAUGUCACGCAAUGAGCUUGGCAGUGUGCGGCGUUCGGAUGCAAAUGAAUGGUUACUGCUGCGUAGUUUCUUUUUGUCGGCUGCCUUGUUGCUGUUCGUUAAACAAAGGCACACAUAGAGGAGGUCAAAAUAAAGUGGAGUCUGAGUAA